AUGCAAGAGCGGCACACGGGAGAAAACAUCAUGCAGCGAAUGCAAGAAGUCAUCGCGGUGUGGAAGUUGGAUGGCAAGGUGACAGCUGUUGUCACUGAUAACGCAUCUAACGGCAUUAAAGCAGUCAAUGCACUGCGAGACAUUUUAGAGCCGAAUGACGUGACCUGCUCUGCCCACAGUCUCCACCUGAGCAUCAAGAAGGCACUGUCCGACAAGGAAAUCGAUGGCUUCUGCCAGAAAAGCGGAAAACUGGUCGCCCACUUCAGGCAUUCGACCAUCGCCAGCGACCAGUUGACUAGGCGACAGGAGCUGCUCGGCUUACCAACAGAGCGCCUGACGCAAAGCUGCCCGACAAGAUGGAGCUCUACUUACCUAAUGCUCGCAAAGCUCAUCAAGCACCGGCCUGCCAUUCAAAGUGUUCUUGCUGACCGAGCAAUUGUCACGGCAAAUUCAACGCAGAAUCUUGAGAUCAGUCAGCAAAAAUGGAAUGUCAUCACUGAACUUUGUGAGGUGCUUGAGCCUCUUCAGCUUGCAACUAACAUUCUCUGCAGCGACACAGUGUCCUCUGUCUCCAUGGUUCGGCCAGUGAUGAAAGCUUUAAUAAAAAAACUAGAACCUCAGACCUCUGGCGACCAUCUAGUCGAGAAUUUCAAAGAAAUAAUUCGGCUCGAGAUAUCCAGCCGAUUCUCCUUGGACUGGGACGCCCAACCGACAUCGGUGUCUGCACGCCAGAGAGCAUCUUUUCUCGAUCCAAGGUACAAAAGCCUCCAGUAUGAGGUACCAGGCGCCCGGGAGGCAAUCCGUGCCAAUGUUCGAGAAAUGCUUGACGACUUGGCAACUUCGGAUGACCAAAGCGGGACAGACACUACCCAGACCAAAGCCACAGCACUGGACAUAUUGUUCGAUGCACAGCCUCGCGUUUGUGGCCUGUCAACUCAGUUUGAAGCCUAUCUCUCAGAGCCUGAGAUAGGACAUAACUCGGACGCACUGAAAUGGUGGAAGGACCAUGAGUCCAAAUUUCCACGGCUUGCGGAACUUGCAAAAAAGUACAUGUGCAUCCCAGCCUCAUCCGCAAGUUCGGAGCGCGUAUUUUCAUCGGCUGGAAAUAUCAUCACUGCCAAACGGAGCUCCCUUCUACCGGAAAAUGUGAGCUCACUGGUGUUCUUAACCAAAAUAGGGCGUAUUUAG